UAGACUAGAACCAGCUGAACGACGUAACACCGUACCAUGCUUCGCAAUGUCCUAGGAAAAACCUUUCGAUUUCUUGGGUACACUGUGCAAUAUGGCUGCAUAGCGCAUUGUGCCUUUGAGUACCUUGGAGGAGUUGUUGUGUGUUCUGGACCUUCAAUGGAACCAACCAUUCAAAAUUCUGAUAUUGUCUUUUCGGAGAACCUUAGCCGCCACUUUUAUUUCAUUCGAAAAGGAGAUAUUGUAAUUGUGAAAAGCCCAAAUGACCCCAGAUCAAAUAUCUGUAAAAGAGUAAUUGGCUUGGAAGGGGAUAAAGUCUGCACAAGCAACCCUUCAGAUUUCCUUAAGAGUCACAGCUAUGUGCCCAAAGGACAUGUUUGGUUAGAAGGUGAUAAUCUCAGGAAUUCUACAGAUUCCAGGUGCUAUGGACCUGUUCCUUACGGACUGAUAAGAGGACGCAUUUGUUUUAAGAUAUGGCCUCUGAAUGACUUCGGAUUUCUACGUGCAAGCCCCAACGGCCACAGAUUUCUUGAUGAUUAAUAGAUUUAAGUGACUAUUGCCAGCUUUCAUAAUAUUUUCUACUAAAAUCAAUGGAAUUAUUUUUGUUAAGAAUAAACACAAGUAUUACUUGA